AUGAUUUACAUUCCGACUCCCAGCAGUCUAGAUUUCGAAUAUAUGGUAUAUGCCUUGGCUGAAAUUUCUGUCGCCUUGGAUCUGCCGAUGUAUGAAAUGGAAGUCGUAAACUAUAUCAGAUCUACUUUCACUACAGCCGAGGUUAUCAAAGCACUUGAACUUUUAGAACCCAAGGCUUCUGAAAUCACAGGACCUAAGGUAAUGGAAGCUCCAUAUGUGAAAAUAAAGAAAGUGGCUCCAAACUCAUGGGAAGUAACAUUAGCAGGAAACCAGCAUAUCCUCCUUGACAUCUUGACUAUGCUUCAUAAACUUGACCAAAACGCUCCCGAAUCGUUCCAGAAAGUUACCAAAGGAGUUCCACUAAAGGAUUGGGUUCCCUGUGAUUCACUGCCUUACACUUCCCUUCUACAGCUGACUCCUCCUGAAUCAUUGAGAGAUAUACUACCAGAGCCAGAACCUGGGUGGGGGAGACCACAGACAUCAAAUGAGAUUAUAGAAGGAAUUCAAUUGCCCAAAAACAAAGUUACUUAUAUCAUUGGAACUGCCGGGAACCGGAUCGCUCAAAUAAGGUUUCAGUCGGGCUGCGAUAUCAGUAUCCCGCCUAUUCCCCUGGCGAAACUCAUGCAGAUGAGAGGCUUACCAGGAAACGAAGUUUAUCAACAGGUUAUUUUCAGAGGCACGCUUUCACAAGUUACUGAAGCUAAGUCGUUGAUAAGAAGGCUACUAAUGGAUUACAACUGA